AUGUCCCUCAACAAUUGGGCCGCCCUUCCUCCCGAGCUACAGGCUCUCAUACUCGGCCGUCUGGAGGUAGCCGACUACCUCCGGUUCGGUGCCGUCUGCCGCUCAUGGUGUUCGACCGUGGCCCAGAGGCCUUGCCUGCCGAAGCCACAGAUCCCAUGGCUGAUGCUUUCCGAUAGCACGAGCGAUCCCGACACCCGCCGCUUCUUCAGCCGCCUGGACCAGAAGAUGUACAAAAUCCACCUCCUGGAGAUCCACGGUCGCUUGUGCAUCGGAUCCUCCGAGGGGUGGCUGAUCACCGUCGACGAGCUCUCGGAGCUGCACGCUCUCAAUCCACUCACCGGGGCAUCCUUGGCCCUCCCAUCCGUCGCCACGUUCUUCGAUGUCGCCGGUGUCGUCCGUGACUCCGACGGCCGCAUCACCGAUUAUGUCAUCGGCUAUGAUAACCUGGGGGAGGUGCCGCAUGAAGUGGAGCACAUGCGUGUGUACUACUAUUUGAAGGCAAUCCUCGACCCCUCUUCUGCAGCCGUGGCGGUCAUCCUCGGAGAAUUCAACGAUCUGUCAUUCGCGCACGCUGGGGACGAGUCAUGGACCGCGCUCCAGCCACCACUUCCGCAGAUCUUCUGUGACAUCAUCUUUCGCAGGGGGCUGCUCCACGCUGUGGCCAUCAGCGGGGCACUCGUAGUUUUCGAUCUCGAUGCCCCGCGGCUCGCCGGUGGUAGUGACAUGUGUAGAACGUCCACGUUCGCAAAAGUGGGAGGGCUGCUGCUUCAAUCAAAAUACCUGGUGGAGUCACCGGAUGGUAAGGAUCUAUUUCAUCGAUGA